CAAAGAUGGCGGCACCAACUGAUCGCGGAGUGCCACUCAGCACAUUGUGUCCCAAGUUUCUUCAUACUAAUUCUACCAGCCACACCUGGCCUUUCAGUGCCAUAGCUGAGCUCAUAGACAAUGCCUAUGAUCCUGAUGUCAGUGCCAAACAGUUCUGGAUUGAUAAAACUUUUGUCAAUUCCCAAGAAUGUCUCACCUUUAUGGAUAAUGGCAACGGACUGGAAUAUAAAACUAUGCACAAGAUGCUCAGCUUUGGUUACAGUGACAAGAUUGCUGUAAACGGUCUGGAGCCAAUUGGUAUCUAUGGAAACGGAUUCAAAUCUGGGUCUAUGCGUCUUGGCAAAGAUGCAAUUGUUUUCUCCAAGUCCAAGACUGCCCAGUGCGUUGGGAUGCUCUCUCAGACCUACUUGGAAGAGAUUGGUGCAACGCAAAUUAUUGUUCCUAUCGUCUGCUUGGAACAGAGAGAUGAGACGAUCUAUGUAAGUGAGGAGCACAGAGCCAGUCUGCAGGACAUCCUCCGUUAUUCCCCCUUCAAGACAGAAGCAGCUCUGCUCACCGAGGUCAACACCAUUGGUUCUUCCUGGUCCAAUGGGAGUACUGGCACACGGAUCAUCAUCUGGAACCUCCGUAGGACAGAAGAUCAGCUGGAGUUUGAUUUUCAGAGGGACCGUUACGAUAUCAGAAUUCCAUCCGAUAUCUACAUGGCAUUGAAUGACAGUUCUCAACAUCCAGAGAGGAUCUCAUCAUAUGUCCCUGAGACGGUGUAUUCACUGCGGGCAUAUUGCAGCAUUCUGUACUUGAAGCCACGGAUGCAAAUCGUGAUACGUGGUGUGAAGGUGAAGUCUCAACUCGUGGCUAAGAAUCUGGCCUACAUACGAAAGGACCACUAUAAACCCAAUUUCCUUAACAAACGCAUUCCCAUCAUUUUUGGUUAUAACACCAAAAGUAAAGACCACUAUGGGAUUAUGAUGUAUCACAAGAAUCGGCUCAUCAAAGCCUAUGAACGCGUCGGCUGCCAGCUCAAGGCAAACAACAAAGGUGUCGGUGUCAUAGGGGUCAUAGAAUGCAACUUCCUGGAUCCGACACACAAUAAACAGAGCUUUAUCGAGACUGAUAAGUACAGAAAAACUAUGAACAACCUGGGGAUCAAACUGGAGGAGUACUGGAAUGAGAUCCGCUACCGAAGAAGCACUGAAAAUCCACACAGCAUACCAGUGGAAGAUGACAUAAAACGACCAGAUCAGAACUGGGUGCAGUGUGAUGACUGUUUGCAGUGGCGCAAACUUCCUGAUGGGAUCGACGUUAGCAAGCUGCCAGACAAAUGGUUCUGCCACUUCAAUCCUGAUCCACAAUUCAGGAGUUGCAAGGUGGAGCAGGAAGCUGAGGACUCUGAUGAUGACUUGCCCUCAUACAGCAAGACAUACAAAAAACAGGAGAGGGAAGAUAAAAGGAAAGCAGAGAGGAUGAGAGCACAGGAAGUCAGAUGGCAACAGGGAGGUCGAAGACUGCAGCCGCAUCAAAGCACGGUGUGUUCCCCUUCCACCCCCACCACCCCAAGAAGCGGGUUUAACAGAAAUUCAGUACAAGGAGGUGCUGCAAGGGCUGAAUCCUCUGCACUGAGUUCAUCCACCAUUUCACAAGCUGCCUGCAGUCCCUCCAGCAGUGAUGGUCUUCCAAUUAUUUCUAAUGUCUGCUCUCUGAGGAUAGACCCACAGAGCAGAGUUAAAAGACCCCAACCUGUUACUCCACAAAGUACACCCAAAAGGCCCCGAGUAAGCUGGCUGAGCAGAGACAUCUCAAAUGCAUCAUCUGUGGAUGUGAGCCCUGUGAGCACUGCUUCAGUGCCUUUAGACAGCGACGAUGAUACCGAUGAUGACCUUUUCAUUGUGGAGAGUGGCAGUACCCUCAAGCCGAAGCAGACUGGCUUCAGUUUGGCUAAAGUGAAGCAGGAACCAACACAAAAUGAGACUGCUGUUAAUUUGUUGUUGGAGUGCAGCGAUGAUGCUGCUGUGGACCCCCCCUCGGAGACAAACAAGGCAGGAACUAGCUCCUCAGGGACAGCAAAUGUGAGAACAUCUCCUCUAACAGUGUGCAGCACCACCACUCAGACAGAAGUAAGAGGAAAAAUAAAGGAGGAAAAAGAUGAUGGGGGGAAGGCAGGGCAAAGUCUGGACAAGAAUCAAACCGUAGGGGAAGAGAGAGUAGUAGCAGGUACAUCUUCAGAUGUGGGCACCGUCUGUGAUAUCAAGGAAGAGAACCACAGUGCAACUCAGAGUGAAAAGCAGACCUUCCAGAAUGGGGCGCCACAGCGUCAGGAUAAUGACGAAGACUUUGUACAUUCCCGUGCAGAUCCCUCCCCAUCACUACUUCAGCACCCCACUGUGUCAGAGAUACAGCAACAACAAGACCAGCUUUUGGAGCUCAUGCAGGCCACAGCCCAGGAGAGAGACUCUUUAAAAGAACAGGUCAAUCAGCUCAGCUCCCAGCUACAAGAAACGCAGAGCAAACUGCAAGAGCUGUCUGAAAUCAAUGUAAAGAAGGAGGCUUCUCACCAACACACCCAGACAGAGGAAACGCAGGAUGGGAAGGACUACAAAAGUCUGUUUGAGAAAGCCAGGCAGAAAGUCAAUGACCUGAUUAAGGACAAAGUGGAUUUACUGGCAGCUGCUGAGGCCAAACCCAGCACUGUCCAAGGUGAGGAAAAGGACAUUGAGGAGAUUUCACUGCAAGUUGGCUGUCUUCUCCAAGAGCUGGAGCAAAGAAACAAGGAGAGGGACGAGCUGCGAUCACAGUUGGACGGUCUGGAGGAGGAAAGGGCAAAUCUGGCGUCCAAGUGUGAGGAGCUCACGUUGCGUUUGCAGCAGCAGAGGGAAAACACAGGGGAGGGAAGUAGAGCUCAACACCAAGCCAAUGAUUCAUCUGCACCAACAGAUCCAGAAGAGGCAGGGGGCAGCGCUGACUCUGGCCCAGCUUCAAGUUCGGAUGCAUGCAGAAGUUUGGUUGAGCUUCGGCACAACGUCGGACGCCUUCUCGUGACCUACAUGCCUGCUCUGGAACUGGAUCAAGUGAAUUAUGAUUGUAACGUCAUUGAUGAGAUCUUAGAACAGUAUCUGAAUAGUCACGAACAACCAGCAGUGUAGGUAACAGGGUUCAGAACUUAUGCUCCAUGUGCAAUUCACACAUUGUAAAUACUUCAUACUGAUUGUUUUUUGGGGUUUUUUAUGAGUAAUUUAAGAGAUAUUUAUAUGCAGUCUUACAGAUAAUCUCUUUGUAUCUGUUUCAAACAUGCAGUGCUUUUAACAUAAAUUGAUUUGUUUUCAUGUUACCAAUGCAAAAUGUCUGAGGUUACUCCUGAAGAAAAAGCAAUAUAAAUGGUAUAAUCACAGGAAGCAUAAAUUAAUGCACUAAUACAUGUAUUUUUUCUUUUAUGUCAUCCUCUGCUUUCCCUUGUGUGUUGAAACCAUUAUUUAUACAGUAUGUAUAUGUAGACUUACAAGAUUAGAAAAAGGUUUGUCAAAUAUAUUUUUGUAUUUCCUUCUGUUUUCUGUCUUUUCUUCAUUUUAUCAAUGCAAAAGUCACACGCUGGGGAAAAUUAAGGAACAAAAUUUCAAUUAUUCAGUGUUACUUUAUAAAAUAUUUUAAAUUACGCAACUAAAAAUAAUAACAGUGAUGUGCGAGUGUCAUGUACUUGGUUUAGUAGGACCUCAGUGGUUCUUCAGAGUCCAUAAUAAUGCUGCCCUAUAAUGCACACAAGCCUGUUAAUGCCUCCCCUUUUGCACUGCACAAAGGUCAAGUAAGUGGUGGAGGCUGGUCAGGAUGACAGCAGAGGUCAAAGGAGCUUUCGUUAACAGUAAAGAAGCAGUGGAAGAGGAAUUAAUGACAGGAUUUACCCUUAGGCUUGGGAAAGUACUUAGGUUACAGUAGGUCACAGUGUUUUCUGUAAUUUUGUGGAAGAAUUGGGCGUACAGGGUGAGGAGUUUAGAACCUUUCCCACAAUGAAGGUUCUGUCUUU